CUAGGGGGAUUAAAUGCUUUGGCGAUCCAUCACUUAUCAUCAUAAUGGAGAGUGAGUGUACUAGUGAUCCACUCAGGUGCUAUCGAUAAACUUUCCAAUCAUAAUGGUUGACUAGUCUAGCCCGAGUUUUACCGCCAAUCGGUCCACGAUGGCUUCCGUUCUCAGCAUCGAGAAGCGACCUUCCGUGUACGACGUGUACAGAACCACACUAGAGCCCCAGUAUCGGAUCAAAGCUCGGGAAGAACUGAACGAACAUGAUCACAUUCGGGAGCCGGCGUUGGCACAAAUGCGAGAAUUUAUCGCCAAACAUCCACAAAUUGUGCGCUGCCGGACAGAUGCCAUAUUUUUGCUACGAUUUCUUCGAUCGAAAAAGUUCAACGUAAUGGCCGCCACUGAGAUGCUGGUGAAACAUUUAACGUUUUGGAUUCGCGAAGCGGAGUUCUGUACCGGGAUCGAUCCGUGUGUACUAGAUCCAAUUAUCCAACAGUGCGCUAUGAUUCCUCUAGGACAAGACAGCUAUGGACGUCUCGUAGUAUCCAUUCGACUGGGACAGUUCGAUAUUGAAACCACUUCUGCUGAAAUACAGUUUCGACUUGGGUGUUUAGUAUUAGAAACUUACGUGGAUACGGAGAUUCAUCAGGUCGCUGGGUUGGUCGCUGUGUUUGAUUUUCUGGGUGCGACAACAAAUCAUUUUGUUAUAUGGACACUGCCAAAGCUGAAGGUAGUCCUGGAUGCGUUAAACAAUAUUACCUCGCUCCGUAUAGGGGAGAUCCACGUAGUGCAACUGCCCAAGUAUGCGGCGGCGAUCGCGGAAUUCUUAAUCGCACGUAUAUCGGAGAAGUUGAAACGGAGGAUUAAGUUCCAUAAAACCCCAGAUGCACUUAAGGACGCAAUCGACGAGUCAAUUCUUCCCACGAUCUACGGAGGGAAGCAAUCGUUGGAGGAAGCAAAUGAAAAAUUUCGGCAACGCGCUAUGCAGGAACGGGAGCGGCUGCUGAAGCAGGCCGAUAUGUUCAUUGAUCUGUCGAUACCAUCACCGAAUGCGAAUAACAAUACCGGCGUGCAUAGCAGUGUGGCUGAUGAAGCCGUUAUUGGAAGUUUCCGGAAGCUGAACGUGGAUUAGAGCUUUCGUUUCAAGCAAGAGUGUCAAAUAAUUGGCUGUUGGUGUAAAGAAGCUUACUGUAAGGUGGUACCAUGGUACUGUGGGUAAAGAAAUAGUACUUUGAUUUAUGAUUAUUUGCUUUUUGGCUGGGAUUUGUGAUAUUACUGUAAAUAAAUAAAAUUAUUUGAAUUAAA